ACAAGAAAAAAAAAAUGAACAUGAUGAUCAACAGGCUUCAAAGAUUUGGAAGGUAUAGGCAACUUCAUACCAUCAUAUCUCAAGAAACCAUCAAACCAUCCUCCCCAACACCUCACCCCAAAACUCAUGUCCUUCCAUUGGUAGAUAGCAUUAAUCCUCACCAUCAUAUGCCAUUUGUUUUUUUCUACAAGAAUUACAAUUAUGGUGACAUCAACAUCCUAAAGAAGUCACUAUCACAGUGUUUAACACAAUACUACCCGUUCGCGGGUAGGUUGUUAUCCCCCUUUGCGGGUCACGUCAAUUGUACCGAUGAGGGAGUUGAGUUCGUGGAAGUUUCUCAUGAUAGCCGACUAGAUGACUUCAUUCUUAAGAAAGAGGAGGGCAAAAGCCUACGACAACUUCUUCCUAACAUUAGCCAGACCAGCCCUAACUUGGUAGAGAUCCAACUGAACCAUUUCACGGGUGGUGGAGUGGCCAUGGUCGUAUCCACAUCGCACAAGGUCGCAGACGCCUUCACAAUGCUAACCUUUGUUAGGCAAUGGGCCGCAGUUACACGUGGUGGAUCACCGAUCAAACCAUAUUUCAUUUCUUCGCCUACAAGUCACAGUAAUGUUAAAAUGCCUGAUGUUGCAUAUAAGACCAUAAGUGAAGUUAAGUAUGCAACAAGGAGAUUGGUGUUUCCUAACUCGAAACUAAACGAACUCAAAAAGAAGGUUAUCUCCAUGGGCAUAUCUGUAACGAACCCCCCGAGCAAUGGUCCAUCGCGAGUAGAGGUAUUAACUUCACUAAUAUUUAAAUGCGCGGUGGAUGCAGCCACAACCAAUACAGGUUUCUUUAGACCAUCAAGCUUGUUUCAUUUAGUGAAUAUGCGAAACAAAAUCUUCAAGAAUGAUCCUGAGAAAGUUGGAGGCAACAUAAUCACAAUGGUGCAUGAAAAGAUGACUGAUUCACGUGAAAUUACGCUGAAUGAGGUGGUUUCUAAGCUAAGGAAAGGGAAAAUGGAGAUUAAAGAAAGAAAUGUGGAAGAGAUAGGUGAAAGAUGGGAAAACAUAUAUUCAGUGUUAGGAGCUGACCCAAAUCUACAGAUAUAUUAUAUGACCAGCAUAUGUGGUUUUCCUACUUACGAUGUGGAUUUUGGGUGGGGCAAACCGGUACACGUGAUGUUUGAAGUUCCAGAAGAGGAUAACAAGAUUGUUGUGUUCAUUGACACCCCACAUAAUGAUGGUAUUGAAGCAACACUGCACCUUCCAGAAAAAGAUAUGGUGAUACUUGAACAAGACAAAGAGCUUCUUGAAUAUGUUGACGGUUAAAAUGCAUGUUUAGUUUUUGGCAUCGUCUUUUCCAAUGAUAAUAAAUAAAUAAUAUGUAUGGAUGACUUGUUAA